AUGAGUAAAACUUUUGACGAGAUCAUUGAGGAGAGACAUAGUUGUAGAAUGUUUCCUUUUUUGUUCGACAGUGCUCCCGUUUCUGAUGAAAUAAUCAGCCGUAUCGUGAAGAGAAUCGAUCUGUGUCCUAACUCUUUCGGUCCUCAUUCAUUUCAUACUUAUGUUGUAACAAACAGAGAUUUGAUUGAGAAAAUCACGAGUGCUUCUGGCCAGAACUGGGUGAAGUCUGCGCCACUGCUCUUUGUUUUCUGUAGCGAGUGUGAAGACAGCUCUUGGGGUGAUCGGGCAAUUUCCUUGUGGUAUAUUCAAGAUGCGGCCAUCGCCCAAACCUAUGCAUUGCUGGCAGUGCAAGAAGAGGGUCUUCGCUCUUGCUGGGUUGGAGGGUUUGACGAAUCGAAGGUCAAGAAGAUUCUGAACAUCCCCAGCCAUUUCCGACCUGUGGGAAUUCAGGCGUGUGGGUACGAUAAAAAAUCGCGUGUAAAGAAAUAUCCCAGAGUCUUUGAAGAUACGUUUACGUAUUGUAAGUGA